AUGUGGAACUUUUCGAAAGUAAUGCAAAACCUGAACACAAUGGAAAAGCGUGUGGCAUUUGCGGAGGAAAACGACCUUGUUUUGCGUUCUAGGGUCUGUCGCACGCAAAUGAAACUACAAGCUAGAGGAAACGAUUCUUUGGGUACCUUUAGGUGCAGUAAGGGACAGUGCAAGAGGAAGUCAGGAGUGUCCAGAGCUACUGGAACGUGGUUCGAGCAAUGCAAGAUAUCGCUGCCACACAUUUUUUAUUAUAUGUAUGCAUAUGCGCACCGGUGGUCGCACGAAAAUAUACGCUUCGAGAACUAUUUGAAAGGAUCCUGUCUUUCGACAGCCACCAUUUGCGACUGUUAUAAUUACUUCCGUGAGGCGGUAAGUUUAUACCAGAUUGACAGGCAGGAGUCGGUGGGUAGGAUUGGGGGUCCUGGAAAAGUCGUACAAAUUGACGAAAGUAAAUUUGGCAAGCGGAAGUAUAAUAAAGAAAGAAGAGUGGAAGGCCACUGGGUUCUUGGCAUUAUUGAGGACAGUAGUGAGGAUCUCCGUCUAGAAGUGUGUCCAGACAACAUACGUUCCGCGGAUGUGCUCAUACCUUUAAUUAGAAAGCACAUCAAAGAAGGUUUUAUUAUACAUAUGGACUUCUGGAGAGCCUAUGACUGCUUGGCUAAUUAUGGGUAUGAGCACAAAAAAGUUAACCACAGCGACCCCGACAACCCCUUUGUGGUGGAGGAUGGUACUCACACGCAAAGAAUUGAGUCCCAAUGGCGCGUUGUCAAGAGAUAUUUCAAUAAAGAAAAUUAUAACCACCCUGUUUGUUUUACAGAUGUUAUAGUUGAAUAUUUGUGGAGAAAAUCUGUAAAUAAAAAUCACGAAGACCCAUUUGUUAAACUGAUCGAAGCAAUAAAAUACAGUUAUAAGCCGUAA